GGAUUUACGGCGCGGACUGCAGCGUCCGGAGCGGCUCCCGCAGGGAUGGAGGGAUGUGUGUACAGCUGGGAGCAGCAGGAGCAUGGCACAGCCCCACAGGGAUAGAUGUGAAGGUAGCGCCCUGUGAGGACACAGCAGGACCCGCCCAGACCCUGGAGGAGUGUGGGGUCUCACUUGGAAGAGGAGAGCUCCCCUUCCUGCCCUGCUGGCCAGGUCUGCCUGCUGCCUGGUUACCUACCACAUUUCCAGGGAUCUGUACCAGGAUCUGGGGCUCAAAGCCUGGAGGUGCAUUAGUGCAGUGGGAUUGCUGGAGAGCCUGACAACGAUGGGGGACCCACCACACACGAAGGACAUCCAUCCCGGAGGCUCUGCUUGCCUGUAAGCCCUGGCUGCUGCUGGCAGAGGGUGCCUAAGGCUGAGCUGCUUGGCCAGCCAAGGCUGGCAGCAGAGCCGUGGUGCUUGCAGGGCACAGCCAGAGAAGGGUGAAGAGCUGGGAGAGGGUCUGCAGGGGCAGCCCAGAGCCCCAGGAGAGUGGGAGCUGAGCCGCUGCUCCUCCAGGGAUCUCUUCCUGGGGCUGGCGGACAGAGCAGCCCUUGGUCCCCAGGCUCGCUGUGGAUGUCCCCCCUUGUCCCACUGGCAGGACCGCUCCCCUAGUGCCAGCGUGGAGGGAGGGCUGCUCAUCUCAUCAUGGUGCUGCCACCGCCUGACAAGCGCCAUGUCUGUUUGACCACCAUCGUCAUCAUGACCAGCAUGGCCUUCAUGGACGCGUACCUGGUGGAGCAGAACCAGGGGCCCCGCAAGAUUGGUGUCUGCAUCAUAGUGCUGGUGGGGGACAUCUGCUUCCUCAUUGUGCUGCGCUAUGUGGCAGUGUGGGUGGGGGCAGAGGUGAAGACAGCCAAGAGGGGCUACGCCAUGAUACUGUGGUUCCUCUACAUCUUCGUGCUAGAGAUCAAGCUGUAUUUCAUCUUUCAGAAUUAUAAAGCAGACAAGAAGAACCUGGAGACAGUGGCCAGGAAAGCCCUGACCCUACUCCUCUCCAUCUGUGUACCCGGGCUCUACCUAGUGCUGGUGGCCUUGGACAGCAUGGAGUACAUACGGACCUUUCGGAAGAAAGAGGACUUGCGGGGACGCCUCUUCUGGGUGGCCCUUGACCUGCUGGAUAUCUUGGACAUCCAGGCCAACCUGUGGGAGCCACACAGGACUGGCCUGCCCAUCUGGGCAGAGGGGCUCAUGUUCUUCUACUGCUACAUACUCCUCCUGAUCCUGCCUUGCGUGUCCCUCAGUGAGAUCAGCAUGCAAGGGGAGCACAUUGCCCCGCAAAAAAUGAUGCUCUAUCCCGUCCUCAGCCUGGUCACCAUUAACAUCGUCACCAUCUUCAUCCGGGCUAUCAACAUGGUCUUGUUCCAGGACAGCAGGGUCUCCACCAUCUUUAUUGGCAAGAACAUCAUCGCGAUUGCCACCAAGGCAUGCACCUUCCUUGAGUACAAGCGCCAGGUGAAGGAGUUCCCCUGGAAGCUCCAGCAGAACUCCCUCUCCCACAACCAGAGCACCCACAGCACACAGGGCAUCCCUCACGAGCCAUCACCCACGAGGGAGAUCCUUGACACAUGGGGGGUCACCCCCAGCCAAGCAUUGGUUCAGAUAGCCCUGUGCCAAGCAGAGGAGGGAUGCUGCUUUCUUGCUGCAUGGGGCGAGCAAGACGGACAAAUCCCACCAGCGAGGGCUUUUCUAGACACAAAACACCAACCAUGUUGUAAUUGAGCUAUGGAGUGUCCCCUAGACGUCUUCAUCUCAGGUAUAACCCUAGGAGUCCUCCAGACAAACCAAAUGAACUUGCAAAGGACCUGAACCAGCUAACCCUUUCUGUCCGUCGUUCCCGCCACCAUCUCCCCUCCUGAGCAAAGACCACUAAGGCUGCAAAGUCCCUUUUUAGUCCUCGAGCACCUCACCUUUACUCCAAGCCUGGAACGAAGAUUUUGUUACUGAAGACCUUUUUAUGGAGUGGGGACAGGGGCAUAGGUAUAUGGGUUGGGGGGGAAGGUGGGACUUUUGAACCAGUAAACCCUGUGAUUGUAGAUGUCUCUUAUCUCCAAUGGUUGUGUUUACAGUUUCCUAUUUAUAAUGGCUCCCGGGGGCUCCUUGGCUGCCCCAGGGGCCAGGGUCCUUGUGGGUCGGUGGUGGGCAAGAGCAGCAAGCCCUUUGGCAGGGAGCGGGGCUGGGAACCGGCAUGGGUCCCUCACCACAGGACAAGGGGGACUGCGCCUCAAGCGGUGCACCACACCAACUCUGCUGGGAGCAAUAUUUGACAAGCUGAAGCUGAAUAAUGCUGGUGUUUUAUGGAUUUCAUUCACUCCAAACAACUCAGCACAAUAUUUCUAUUUUUGGAAGGGUCCCUCCCUGCCGUUGCAAGCCUCCCCACCUGCAGCAGCCGGCGCCACUGCCCUGGCCCCACCGGCACUGCUGCAGGCGGGCACCCAGGAGGGCUUUGUAGUAAGGCUGGCAAUGAUGCAUUUCACUCUGGCAUCAAGCAUUUUUAAAGAGGGCUGCUUUCCACAGCUACUAUAUUUUUAAAAUAAAAUAUUUCCAAAAAAAAAGAAAAGAAAACAAACCUCAAAGAAGAGCCGGGAAGGAUGUGCUGCCCAGGGCUUGUGGCUGGGCUUGGGGACGGGCAUGGGUCUCCUCCUCCAGUGUGUGUGGCUCGGCUGGCUGCAGGCAGCGGGGUGGGAGGUGAGGGCCAGCCAGACAAUAAAAGCCCCGUGAGAGCAAUGGCUUCUGAUGGUCUCUUUUCUGCCAGUGUGGGGAGGGAGGGGGUGGCUCGGAGGGCAGCUCCCAUAAAACUCAAAUCACUUGUCUCCUCCUUUAUCCACCUCCCCUAGACCCCAAGUACCAAUCCAAGCAGUGCUGUGCCCUGCACUCAUCAAGCGGUGGGUUCAGCAAGCAAAUAAAUGGUUUUUCCAGCUGAAAUGCUGCCCCGGGGGUUGGGCACCUCUCAGCUGCUUGCACCUGGGGGGAGGCGCAAGGAGGCAAGCAGAAAAGCUGCAUCUCAAACGUGCUGAAACGGGAUAUUUUUGCUUUUUUGAAACCAAACAUUUAAUUUUGAGGAGUCAGAAUAAAAUGCCUGAUGCUGUUUA